AUGUCACAGUGGCAUUCAAGAGAGAUUGCUAGACCUUUUGAUCUAGUCCUUGUUUUUCAAACCGAAAGCCAUAUUCAGGAUUUUCGAAUGGUGGUGUUUUUAAGCAUUUUCUGCAUUUCAUUUGGUCUGAAAACCGCAAAUGCAACCAGUUUUGACGUAACAUUGUACGGUGCAAAGGGUGACGGGAAGACAGACGAUUCCGAUCUUUUGGGCAACAUUACUGCACCCAAGACUAUCGAAGGAUGGAAAGGUUGUGAUACGAGCGGCCAGCUGUUACUUUUUGGAUCGGUACAAGGACUCACCGCAUAUGGACCUGGCCAAUUUGAUGGCUAUGGUUCCAUCUGGUGGCCGAGAAGUGCACGCUUGGAUGGUCCGUCCUGUAAUUGCCCAUCGAUGUUACGUUUUCAGAACUGUAACGGGCUUCGACUGAGUGGUACAACACAUAUAAACAGUCCAAAGAGCCAUAUUCACAUCAAUGGUUGUCAAGAUGUACAAAUUGGAAAUCUUCGAAUUUUAGCACCUGAAGACAGUGCGAAUACUGAUGGAAUCGACAUCAGUCAAUCGUCACAUGUUCUUAUAUAUCACUCUAUAAUUGGAACCGGUGAUGAUUGUGUAGCUAUUGGCGAUGGCACUUACGAUAUCCAUGUGAACGGGAUCUCUUGUGGGCCUGGUCAUGGCAUAAGCGUCGGAAGCCUUGGGAGGGACGGUAGUUUUGCGGCGGUGGAACAAGUAUAUGUAAAAAAUUGUAGCAUCUAUGGAACGCAAAACGGGUUACGAAUCAAGACUGUGCCCUUUGGAAAAGGGUAUGCUCGGGGGAUCAUAUAUGAGGACAUUCGUCUCCACAAUGUUGGAAAUCCAAUUAUAAUCGAUCAACAUUACUGCCUUAACACAGAGAAUCAUUAUUGCCCUGCACCAUCAAAGGCAGAUGCAGUACAAGUGAGCAAUGUAACGUAUAUAAACAUAAAUGGGACUUCGGCGACGAAACAAGCAAUUACUUUUGAUUGUAGCGAGAAGGUUAAGUGUACUGAGAUCAACACCAACAGAGUCCGAAUCACUGGAGAAGAUGUUGUUGCUUACUGCAAAAAUACUCAAGGAAAUUUUAUCAAAACGACCCCUUAUAUUGCUUGCAAUUAG